AUGUCUCAAACUGUUAGUCAGGUCACCUUCUUCCGUGUCAAACCCUCCGUCAGGCCCGAAGACCCGGACAGCGAAGAAGGCGAGGCUCUACUGAGGAUCUUCCGCACAACUCAACACCAAAGCGGUCAUGAGUACUCAGCCUGGGGACGCACAGCCGAAGACAAAGACACCAUUGUCUGGGUUGUAGAUUGGACCGAUCCCCGUAGCACAAUAAAUGUCCACCUCCUCGAGCCCUUCCUGGACCCAGAAAAUCCCCAGACACCAUCGUCGCUCCACAUCACCUUCAGCCCACCACUCUCCUGCACAGAAACCCUGACCAAAAACCCUGUGACGGAGCUAUGCACGCUACCAUUCCCAAGCGAUCUUGAUGUGCUAGCAGUAAAGCAGAUUAACGCGGACUUGAUUAAUUUCCGCACUACACUGGUCGAGCAGCUGCCACAAUUAGCGGGGCCACGGUCGUGGUCAAUGGGGCAUGUUGACCGGCCGAGUAAGCUGCCGCACGAGAAGAGUCCGAGUGGGCAAGCUUUCGCCCACCUCCUCGCUGUUGGCUGGGAAAGUAUGGAGACGCAUCUCAAGGCCAAGCAGACGGAUAAGUUUAUUCAGAGUAUUGCGCCUCUGAGGGAGAAGAUGCUGGCUCCUAUUCCUGGGUUGGAGAUGAAACAUGUCAGUUUUCAAAAGAUUGAGGGUUAG